AUGUCGCGUAAUUCAAAACAACAGGAGCAGCGUCAGGCGUUGCGCAACAUAACCAAUAAAACACCACAGCGGGCGAGAAUUCCGUUGGGAGACAUAACCAAUAAAACACCACGGCUUAAGACAGUCAAGCUUAAUAAAGAUGAAUAUAAUGAUACACCAGAAGUCACGAAGCAACAAAAAAAUUCAAAAGACACGUUAGGUGAUCGAAUAGUGACAAAAAGCACGCAAAAAAAUAACAUUGAAACUAGAACAAUCGACCUUAAUGAAAUAAAAUUAGAAGGAAUGAAUAAAGUUAAGCACAUAGAAAAAGAAAUUAAUGAGAUAAAAGAGGAAAACGACGUUCCCGAAGUAGAAUAUUGUCCAUCGCCAAUCGAAGAAUUACCCUACGAACCAUUGGACGAAGAUCUUAAGUUCGGUUGGGAAGCAUUACAGUACCCGCCCAGUGUUACUGUGUACGAGUUUGAAAAUAUGAAAUAUGAUGAACUACCAUUUCCAGAGAUUGAUCCAGAUGAUUAUCGGUCCAGAGAGGUCAUUGAUGAUCAUGGCAAGUAA